GAAGAGUGGAGGAGACACAGCCACUGUCCCAAGGCAGGAAACCACUGACACACCUGCAUUUUGAUUGUGCUUCCUUCACAAAUCUACUCUUGGCUCCUCUUCGGGUCCACCAUCUCACAGAAGUGUUAAAGAAAGGAGAUGCUCCUGACUUUUAGAACCUCAUUUUAGCUUGAGACCAAGGCCUGAGGCCUCCUUCACUCUGUCACCAUGGACACUUGGCGGAGAGGAUCCAUCAGGUCCUCGGGCUUCUUCAAGCGUCUCUCACUCCGGAGGAAUAAGAAACUGGGCAGUCAAGUCAUUAUCUUGAAUCAGAACAGCCAAACGCUAGACUCCAAUGGACAAUACAACAAAAGGGAGCUCCUAAAAGACCUGAAAGGGAAGUCGAACUACUUGUCAUGUCAGAGUGAGCAAAACCUCGCCAGCAAGACGCAGCCACCUCCCAAACCACCACGGCUGUACCUAGACAGUGCCAGCUGCCCCAAUAUAAUAGACCACACUGAUUCGCCCUCGGCAGAAAAUUCCUUUCCAAGCACUUCACGUCACUCCCAUAAGGCCACUCAGACGCAUCCAGAUCUUUUUUGCAAGAACCAAGCUAUAGACUGGUGCUACUCUGAAACCAUCUCAUGGCAUGGUACGCCUGAUCCAUCGGACUCUUUCUUUUCUUUCAAACUAGACUUGGGCCCCUCACUCCUUGAAGACAUUCUGCAGACACUCAAAAGUAAGAAUUUGUUAUUGAAUUAAUUACCACUUAAACUGUUCUAGCUGAAACCAAGGAAUUAAUAAUCCUCCUGGACUACUGGUUCUCCUUCACUGUCAGUACACACCCAAGGCAUUUUAGGUGGACCACUGAGCCUUUUACAGUACACUAGCCAGGAAAAAACACCACCCUGUUUUGGAUACCAUUAGAACCACUGCCAUUCUUCUCAAACUUGCAAUCAUUUCUCCUUUCUAUCUCAGUCUGCUUCACUCUGGGGUGCAGGGAAUACACUGGUACCCUUGAGCGGUUUCAGAGUCUAGAGCAAAUGUGCAUGCGCAGGAAGAGUGUGUGGUUGUGGCACAACAAGGAAUUCCAGGUUUGUUUGAACAUCAUCUCCACAAUCUCGCCUAGGUAUAUAUCAAAACCAAAGGUGUGACAUAAAAGAUCGGUCAGAAACAGAAGCAAGAGCAUUUAAACCAGAAGUAGAUGCAAUUCAGAAUAUAAAGAUUGUCUUUUAUUCCAGUGCGUAUUUGUCUUCAUUAAUUCUAAU